UACGCCAUAUUGUAUGUCACAAGUACGAUCUUUCACAAAAUUAAAAAAGGUGGCAUAUUUCGUCGGUUCACGCGGCGCCGCCGUUACACGGAUCUAUUCGAGAGCAAAAAAAAUGUCGUGCCGUGCGCGUGCCGUUGUGUAAAUUAAUAACAAACCGCCGUUCUUGGGCCUUAAGGGAGACGAACGACGUGAUAAAAUAAACCCAAAAUAAAAAAAAUGGACACGACUGACCAGCCGAACUCGAUCUGCCACAUCCAGCCGAUACAGAUGUACCCGCUGAACUCGCACGCCGAAUCGGACAAGCCCGUGCCGUUUGUCCUGUUGGCCGGCGAGGAGCAGCAUCAUCACGGCGUCUCGGUCGACGGUCUGAUCGUCAUCACCAAUUAUCGGUUGUUCCUGCAGACCGGCUCCAACCAGUAUCACGUGCCGUUAGGACUCAUCGAGGUGGUGGAGAAUCGAGAGCUGUUUUACUUGCAGAUCGGAUGCAAGGAUGCCAGAACUUAUAGGUGCACCUUCGAGAAUAACGAAAGCUGCCUGGAAUGGUACGACCGAAUUGUGAAGGCGGCAGAACCACCGCGUCAACUGGACCAGCUGUUCGCCUUCUACCACUUCAUGUGGACGAAGGAGACGGCCGGCGCCGAGCUCACCAACCGCAUAGAACGCCAACGGAUGUACUCCUUCGACAAAACAAUGUUCGACAGCGAGAUGACCAGAAUGGAGUUUGGUUUCUCUUGGCGCAUCAGCAAAGCGAACCAGAACUACAAACUGUGUCCGACCUAUCCGCCCUACUUGCUGGUGCCGUCGUGCAUCACCGACGAGACGUUGGAGAGCGUCGCCAAGUUUCGCAGCUCUAGACGCAUACCGGCCGUGGUGUGGAGGCACACCAAAAACGGGGCGGUCAUCGCCCGAUGUAGCCAACCGGAGGUGGGAUGGUUGGGGUGGCGUUCAGGGGAAGAUGAGGAUCUGAUCAAGGCCAUUUCGGACGCCUGCAGUUUCGAGGUGGAGAAGGCUCUGAGUGACAGGGACGAGAUGUCGCAUUCGCCCGAAUCGAUCCACUCGGAUUCGGACACGUUGCAGAUCACCAACAACAUACCCACACAAACCAAAAAGGUGUUGAUUAUGGAUGCCAGGUCGUACACGACUGCAGUGGCCAACAGGGCCAGAGGUGGAGGAUGCGAGUGUCCCGAAUAUUACCCGAACUGUGAGAUACAGUUCAUGAACCUGGCCAACAUACAUUCCAUACGCAAGAGUUUCCACGCCCUCAGGCAGUUGUGCACCUCGUCAGCCGAUCAACCCAAUUGGUUCAGCCAAUUGGAGAACACACGAUGGCUGCUGCACAUGUCGGGACUGAUGAAGGCGGCCGUCACUUUAGUUAAUGCAGUCGAAAGGGACGCCAGGCCUGUUUUGGUACAUUGCUCAGACGGUUGGGACAGGACGCCGCAAAUAGUCGCACUUGCCGAGCUCUUGCUGGACCCCUAUUAUCGCACCAUGGAGGGUUUCCGUACGUUAAUCGAAAGAGAAUGGCUGGCGUUUGGCCACAAGUUCGCCGACAGAUGUGGACACUCCACAGGCAGUGAGGAUCAAAAUGAGAGGUGUCCUGUGUUCUUGCAGUGGUUGGACUGUGUGCACCAGUUGUUGGGACAGUAUCCCUGCGACUUUGAGUUCUCACAGACCUAUCUGGUUAAACUGGCGCAGCACACAUACUCCAACCUCUUCGGCACGUUCCUGUGCAACACCCAGCAGGAGAGGGCCAACAUCUACGGCAAGACUUUCUCCGCCUGGGACUUCCUCAGUUCCUCCUGCUUCAAGAACCAUUUAUACGCUUCGGAGGGAAGUCCGUGCUUUAAAAAAGUAUUGUGGCCGCAGUGCAACGUACGCGACCUCACGUUGUGGAACGAGAUGUACUUGGGAUCGAUGGAGGCCAACGCCAGCAGCCAGGAGAACGGCUCCGGAUCGUGUCCCGGACCGCCCGACACCCCCCAUCACAUGACCAAGACGCGAUCGUACGGCGACCUGCUCAACGCCGGCGAACAUCCUACUCUGUACACUCGGAGGAACAGCGACCCCAACAUCAAUUGUGAUUCUAAAUUGUCUGCCAUCGGCCAGGACAUCCCCAAUGCCCCGACGCAGCCGUCUUUGCCCGCCCAGCAGCAGCAAACCGACGCCAAGGCCGUGACCACGAACGGCAAUGGCCGCCUCCGCUUGCCCGGCGAGGAUUUUUUAGAUUCUGGAAGCGAGGGUGGCGGACCUGAGGACUGCACGACGGCCGAUUGUAUGUACAAAAACGGCCGAGAUCCCGGCCUCACCGACGACCAGAUCGACGGCCUGGACCGUUCCGACUUUGAACCCGACGAGGUCGAGAGUAUCUGUCCAACCGCCAUUAAGACGAAAACGACCCUGAACGGUUCGUUGGCGUCGUUGCAUAUUUACGGCGGCGGAGGCGGCGUCCUCCACGACGACACACAUGUGAUAAGCGAAAAGACUGAACCGGCGGCCGCCAACGCGGCCACGUUUACCGACACGAGGGUCGAGACGUCGUCCAACGGCGCCGUCACGCCGCCCCUGUUGGACGCGGAGGAGCCGGACGAGCGGAGCGAGAGCAAGUCAGAAUGCACGACCGUCGUCACGAUGUGCGACGGUUCGGGCGUCUCCGUCACGCCGGCCACGCCCACCGCGCGCUUCGAGAAUUCCGUGGAGACGAGCACCGAGACGCUUGUCUCUGAACAGGUGGCGCCCGGUUCUUCGCCUAGGGAAAUAAAUGGUUUUGAAAAGAUCCAAAGCCCCAACGAGUGCGUAGAGCCGGACGGCUGUCACAUCUGCUCUCAAAACAUGAGGGCUGAUCACAGAAGUCACCACUUUAGUGGAGACACGUCUCAGUACUCGACACCUAAGAUAUUCUCUCGUACGACAAGCUGCAACGGAUGGGACAGUCUGUCGCAUCAGCGGGCUUCGUAUCCUUAUCAGUUUGCCCUCAGCGUCGACGGUCUCGUGCCCCUCCGUUCGCCCAUUCAGGAAAGACUUGAUCAAAUCAUUGAGGAUCAAAAGAGAAAAGAAGAUCUGCUGCAAAAGGAACUGCACACGUACAGACAACAGAGGAUAAAGGCUGUGUGUCACAAGUGCACAAACGGCAUGGACCCGGAACGACAGGACGACAAUUCGACACUAGAUCGUGUAUCGUCCACGUCGUCGUCCAGUUCACGUUCAGUGUCCGAUAACGACAUGCCGACGACGAAAUGCGGACAGGUCGCCGCCCCACGUUCACACAGGGGCUCGGUGAUCGAGUCGGUGGGCAGCGUGUGCGAGGGCCAGGCCAGCGCCGUCGAAUCGCUGCGCUCGGACAUGUCGUGGGAGGCGGUCGAGGACAGUUCCCUGCUCGAGGGCCAUGCGCAGACGUUGUGGGUGCCCGACCACGCCGUCACCAGCUGCACCGCCUGCAAGGUCGAGUUCUGGAUGGGACGCAGGAAACACCACUGUCGGAAAUGCGGACGGAUAUUCUGCGCAGACUGUUCGGUGCACAGCACACCCCUACCAUCCGAACAGCUCUACAAUCCGGUGCGCGUGUGCACGCUGUGCUACUCGAAGCUGCACCGCAACCACGACGACCAGGCCAAGCCACUCUACGAGGACAAGUGCAAGCAGCACCCGACCCAGACGACGAACAGCAAUCCCCAAAUAGCGGCGUCCAGCAAUUGAACACUCGUGCGUGUGUCUCUGUUAUUCCGUUUCUUUGAUUUUAUUAUUUUUUGUUUCAUUGUUUUUUUGUAAUGGUUAUAUCAAUUUACGUUUUUACUUACCAAUUUUCCGUUUCGAAUGAAACGUCCGGGGGGCUUAUUCUUGACGACAAAUACGGAGGGUAGUCCGACGGUGGGCCGGUGGUGUGUUUGCGGCCCUUCGACCCCCCUCCCCCACGGGACCUAACGUUAAAAUGUUGUAAAUUAAAUUUAUAAUCCAGUCUUCAGUCUUUUGAAUGUCGGUUUUUAUUGCAGUUUUUAAGCCAAAUAAUUUAUUCGUUUUAAUUUAUGCCAAUUUUAAUUGAAGUUGUGUGUUCAGUGGAUCGGUGGGUUCUAGUCAGGGCGCAAAGACGCCGACGGCGUCCCCAAACUAAAACAAAACAAAUUGAUUUCGGGUGUCCGACACCUAGUAAUCGACCAGUCUGUGAUUGAAAUGACUUGAAACGAACAGAACACAGGCCGCGUCCGGCCGGAGGUCGGACUUGGUGGUGUUUUAUUGUGACGGUGUCCGACACCUUUGGCAAAUUGAGUCUGUGAUGUAAUGACUUGAGAAUAAUAUUAAAAGUAAUUAAUGAGAAUAUUCGACGAUGUAUACAAAAUUCGCACUGGUUUUUAACGAUGACACUGCUUUUUCCCAGGGAACUAAAACAAAAAAUUCAAAACGUACAUGGCAAGUGGACACUUUGUUAUGUUGUUUCUUUCUGAAAAAAUAUAUUUCGUGUUGUUGUCCCAUUUGAGAAGUUUCAAAAAUUAUAUGUGUAAAAAAAUGAAUAUUAGUAAAUAAAAGAGGAUGUAGGGCUGGUGUUUCGGUGGCUAAGGGCUGAUCUCACCACUUUCCAACGUUAGAACUGUUACUUGCGUUCAGUUACAGAAUAACAUAUCAAUCAACAUUACAAGAGAUUUCACAAAGAGGUCCUCGAGUCAUCCAGGCACUGGUCCGGCAUAAAACUAAUAUUUUAUUAAAAAAAUAUAAUAUAAUUUUAUAUACAAACUGUAUAGAUUUUGUAGGAAAACAAUUUUGUCCUAAAACUCCGGAUUUACGUUUCCCCGAUUCAAUAAAACUUCUGCCGACAGUGAGAACACAAAAAUGAGCAAAGGUUUCCGAUUUCGGAACGUUCUACAUGGAUUUUUGUAUAUAAGUAUUCUGUAAUAACAAGUUCCUUUGAAAGAAUAUUUUUUAAACAUACAGGGCAUUAUAUUGAUGCAAUGGGUUUGCUUUCUGUAAUUUUUGCAAGAAAUUAAACAUAAAUUAGGACACUUAGACAAUUUAUUGGUUAAACAUGUAACUGUAUAAAAACUAGGAUGCAUUUAAUUUUAAUUGUAAAAAAUAUUAGACUCUGUACUUUUAUUAGUUGCUAUUAAACUAUUUAAGUAA